AUGGUGCGCCUUGAGAGAGACCUACAGUGUCGUAUCUCCCAUCAGCUGACAGCCAAGAUCUGGAAGGAUGUUUCUGUAUUCAUCACAAAAGGAGGCAAGCACAAUAGUCGUGAUGAGAGCAGACUGACAAGAGACAUCUUCUGGAGCUGGAUGCGGGCUACUAUUGAUGUCAAUCCCCCAAUAGGCCUUAUUCGUACUCUUAAGGGCGACUUAAUCCUAGACGAGAGAUUUGCCGGACAUCUCUAUUUCAAAGGAAUCGAAUUCAGCCCAGGUGAGAAUAAUGGGAGUGGCCUUCAUGUCGGCUACAACCUUGCUACUGAAAGCCCUGGUUGGAGCUCUGGUCGAUUGAUUGAACCUGAGAGGAGGUCAAAAUUAAUUGCCGAGAUUUGGGAAAGUGCCAUCCGAAAAGGCAAUGAAGGCGCUCUCUUACUUUAUAUUGAUUUUCUCCGAAAUCAUCCCACACGAAUGGACGUCCAAAAUGCUGAAGACUUGGUGACGGAAAUUGUGGCAAGAAUUAUUUGGGCGAAACUGAAAGAAGACUCCCAAAAGACCGCCGGAUUCUAUCAUUACGAGAACAGCGGACGCAAAAGCCUAGAGACAAUCACGAAAUAUCUCAAACUCCAGCCACAGACUCUCUCGCUAGUUUUGUGGAGAAUACUACGAAAGCAUAACUUGAUUCUCACACCUGAUGAAGAGCUACAGCGACGAUUAGAAGAAUUUGAAGUAAUCCAGAUACCUAGUAUGCGGUUUGCACAGGAAUUCGACCGAGCCCUUCGGGCUUUGCUCGUGGCGACUUCUAUUACUAGAAAUGUUACUGUGCUUUAUGUGCGUGCCGGGGAUGAAGAAACCGAUAUCGCCUUUUCCAAGAACAAAAACACACUAUAUAUCCAUGAAAAGUGGCUGUAUACUGAGAGAGCGCAUCUUGAUAGUGACUGUCCAGUGCGAUUGAGCCCUCAAAUCGAGAGCGAUUCCUUCUUUUGUGAGCACAUUGUUCAUGAAAUUUACCAUCGUGCAGUGGGAUUAAUUAACCCUUCCGUGGAGUGGAUCAUUUACGGUGAGUCAAAGCCAAAUAAGUCUCUUUAUCUAUCCCCACAAAUGGUCCAGCAGAAGCUUCACGAUAUGCCUCGGCAUGUGAGAGUUGUUGAAAAUGAGGACUCUUCGAUCCAGGUUCUAUGGGACGACGGGCAUAGUCAUGCCUUUUCACAAUUUUAUGGCUCGUCAGUGGAAUAUAUUGCCAUUCUGCAUUCCGUAGACUGCCUUUCGGAGGUACAUAGACUCCUCUUCCAUGAAGACGCGAUAGUGUGCGCAUGUCCGCGCCAACGCAUCCCGCAAAGGCAAAGGUCGGCCAUCUUCUCUUCUACAGCCCAGAAAGCCUAUUUGCCGAUGGUGGCAAGGUACAAGAAAGAUGCAAUAUUUGGAUUUCCGCCACUACACAACUCCCACCUAAGUAGCCCGAUUAUAGCCACCGGUGGCGUUGUGGUCGAGUUUCCAGAUGAUGAAGUACUGGGAGAAUCGAUGAAGACAUCAUUGUCGGGAUCAAAACUUCCUAAAUCUAUUGAUUUAUAUGAUAGUGCUAAGUCGCCAAAUUCAGUUGACAUUGAGAUUGGUGUUGGUCAGGAUGAACAAACUACUCCUCACAUAAGCAUACUUGAGGAUCGGAAAUCUCUUGCAACUGUCGUUUCCAUGGACAGUAUUUUAGCUGCACAAUAUCUCGAAAGUUGCAAGACACCAGAAUCUAAUUCAGACCCAGCAGACUCAUGUGUCACUCCGCUUUUGGAGGAGAGGUCACGAAACGUUAGAGAGGAUACCAAAGUAGUGGGCCCUGGCUACCCAUCAGCGGAGGCAAAAUAUGAGAUUAUGCGCAGAAUCACGAAGCGAACUCAAAACUCUCUUGACUUUGGCACUGACCAAUCUGGACAAUUCAAGAAAUUAAAGGGCCCUCUAGGAACCGAAGACAGUAUUUAG